GUACGAUUCUCUGAAGUCCGUGCUUUUUGUUGUGAGGUACAAUGAGUGCAAUUUGUGUGUACUUCGUAACUAUUUUACUUUCAGGUCUGAACACUGCCACUUGUAAAUGCAGAACCACUGCUUCGAUAUUUGAGGAGGAACUGAGAAGUUUUGAUAAGAAACCAGUCUUUAAUUUUACUUUGUACGGCCUCAAAGCAGAUGUUUUGUAUGACAAAGGAGAUGUGAUGAAUUUCAACUGUACUGACAACAAUGAGUCGUUAAAAGUAAACACAACUAUACAAGAAGUACAAUCAGCUACUUCACUAGACCCAGCAACUCUUGAUGGCUCAACAGAUAAUUCAACGCAGCUCAAUACAUAUGCUCUUGUAUACAAUAACAUUUUUGGCCAACAAGACGAGAUUGCGGCACCUUCAAGCAUUGUCCCGGUAAAAAUAAGUUCCAAUAUUACUUCAAAGGAAGAUAAAACCCAUACGCCUACAAAUACCACAAUGUCUGGAGUGGAUACGACUACUAGGAGAGGUUUAACAGGUAUUGAACACAGUACUGAUGAUAUCCACUAUUCAAGUGCCUCAAUCAAUUCAACACAUCCCAACACGUAUGUUCUUGUUUUCAAAAACAUUUUCGACCGUCAAGAUGAAAGUGCUACACCCUCCAGCAACGUCCCAAUUCAGGUUCCAGCAAAUGCCACUUUAGAGGAAAGUAAAACGAUUAAUUCAACGGACAUGAUAACUCUACUGCAGACCACUACAGAAAGUAUUUCUGAACUAGAUAAAAUUGUUGGGAAUAACACGUUGGAUCAAAACAAUAAUACAAGUGAGGGAAUAGUUCAGAAUAGUGUUUUGGACGCGUCACAUUCCAACGACCCAGUAACUAUUCUUUUGGGAGAAAAACAUGGAAUUACGAUCAUAGACGUUAUUAAUCCUAGAAAUUCAACUUUUCUCAAUAAAACUGAUAUCAACGCUUUUGCUGUAGAUUAUAAAUACUCAACAAACACAAUCUUCUUUGGAAGGAAUGGAGAAAUCAGAAGUACAGGUGAGCCCAGCUUGGUAGUGGCUGGAGUGGACGGUCCUGUCAGACUGGCUGUAGACUGGGUCCAUGACAGACUGUACUGGCUGUCAGACAUACACCAGACUGUAGAGUCGGCCAGUCUAGACGGCACCAACAGAAAAGUGCUUGCUGACGUCAUCACAGGAAUUGCAUUCCCUCAUAACAUAGCUGUAGAUCCGUACGAUGAAAGUAUUUUCUUCGCUGCCAACAACAGCAUGUACAGAGCUGGUUUGGACGGAAGUAACCUGAGGAGGUUUAACCUACAGGAUAGAACAGUUAGAUGCUUAGCUCUAGACGUACCUUCUCAAAGACUUUUCUUCUCCGGCAAGUUCAAAGGUCGGCCCUAUAUCGCCUCGUGUGACUAUGACGGAAGGGAUGUGAGAUUCCACGAUAUCGGUGAUGCGGACUGGACCGAUGUUUUCAGCUUGGAUGUAUUCAGAAAUGUUGUAUAUUUCGCCCAUUACAACCCUAAGGAGCAAGACAGUGUAUGGGCUUUUAAUGUCACAUGGGUCGGGAAAAGACCUGUCAAAGUGUAUGAGGCACCUGCCGAAAGAGGGGGGAUCUGGAGCAUUAAGGUAUUCCAUUCUGAAGUUCAGAAACAAAGCGACAAACGGAGAGAAUAAAAGAAAAUAAAUCUGGGAUAAACUUUGUCUCCUAUUGUCUUUUAAAGAAUAAAGGGUUGUUUU